AUUCAUGAGGUAGCUAGUAAUACACCAUCACUGCAUCAGCAAAUUCACAAACUGAACAUUUCUCAGCAACAUACUGAGAACCAAGAACAAACAGCCAUGAUCCAUCCCAAGAGGUUUACUCAGUUGCUGAGGAAGUGGCAAAGAGUCAGGAUGAUCUCCAGAGACGACGAAGCCUGCUGCACGACAUCGCAGGUCGCAGACAAGGGCCACUGCACUGUUUACACGGCGGAUGGGAGGCGGUUCGAGGUCCCGUUGGCUUACCUCGGCACGACAGUCUUCGGUGAGCUACUAAGGAUGUCCCGGGAGGAGUUUGGGUUCACAUGCGACGGCAGGAUCACACUGCCCUUAGAUGCAGUUGCAAUGGAGUAUGUCAUGUGCUUGCUCAGAAGAAACGCCUCUGAGGAAGUAGAGAGGGCGUUCCUGAGCUCUGUAGUAAGGUCUUGCCAUUAUUCGAGCUCUAUUAUGCCAUCCGUGUCACUGCGCCGGCAGCUUGCAGUUUGUAGCUCCUGAAGAUAUGCAUAGUUUGCCAUCAUUGUUCUUCAUUUUGCAUGUCAUAUCCAAUACAAUUUCAAAUAGUUUAACACAGGAGAAUGGAAGUUAAAUAUUAGCGUA